AUAAAAUAUUAACAAUUUUUUAUUGUUAAAUAUGGAAAAAUGUACUCUGGCAUUGUUGCGAAGAUCUAAAAAGUUGGGCAUAUUGAGCAACAACCUAAGAAGCACAUCAAGCUACAAAUCUACACCUUGCAUGCAAGUUCGAUCAAACGUUAAUAGAAGUUCACAUUUUCAAUUAUUUUCAAGUUCUUCUAAAUUCAAUUACAUUGAACACAAGAAAAGUCUAAGAUCUUUUUCUACCUCUAUUCCACCACCCGUAAAUCAGUGGAAUGAUUCUGAACCAUCAAAUGAAAAUACAAUUGGUAAAAUAAAUUCGAAACGGUAUAAUCUUGCUUUUACAUGCACAGUGUGCCAGACAAGAACUGGAAAGCAAAUAUCAAAGCGAGCAUACCAUCACGGAGUUGUAAUUGUUCGAUGCCCAGGUUGUAGUAACAAUCACAUAAUCGCCGACAACCUUAAUUGGUUUAGCGACUUAAAUGGAAAGAAGAACAUUGAAGAGAUUAUGGCGGAAAAGGGAGAGCAAGUUGUGAAAUAUUCCACAGAAGAUGAAGACAUUAUGUUGGAGCCUACUAAUAAAACAUGAAGUUAACUGAAUAAAAAUGAUACAAAUAUAUGUACCACUAUCGCCUGACUUUUUUUAAUGUAAAAUAGAAAUCAGUCAGCACAC